CAACCCACCCAGCCUCCGUCCCGCUUGGUCGCUCUCCCGGGGUCCUCGGACGUAGGGCGCGAUGGCAGCCCCCUCCGAGGCCCCGGUCACGCGGCAGGUCAGCGGGCACGCCGCCCCAGCCCCAGUCCCAAGCGGCCCCGAGAGCUGGCAGCCCCUGGCCGCCGCCGUGGCCGAGCUGCCCGUGCUGGACGCCUCCGGGAGGCCUGUGCCGUUUGGUGAGCUGUUCCGAGAGCGCCGGGCUAUCGUGGUCUUCGUGCGGCAUUUCCUGUGUUACAUCUGCAAGGAAUACGUAGAAGAUCUGGCCAAAAUCCCCAAGAGUUUCUUACAAGAAGCAAAUGUCACUCUCAUAGUGAUUGGACAGUCAUCCUACCAUCAUAUUGAGCCUUUCUGUAAACUAACUGGGUAUUCUCAUGAAAUCUAUGUUGAUCCUGAGAGAGAAAUUUAUAAAAGAUUGGGAAUGAAAAGAGGUGAAGAAAUUGCCUCCUCAGGACAGAGCCCCCAUGUAAAAUCAAAUAUACUCUCGGGAAGCAUUCGGAGCCUGUGGAGAGCAGUGACUGGCCCUCUUUUUGAUUUUCAAGGAGAUCCAGCUCAGCAAGGUGGAACACUCAUUUUAGGUCCAGGUAACAACAUCCAUUUUAUACACCAUGAUAGGAAUAGGUUGGAUCAUAAACCCAUCAACUCUGUUUUACAGCUUGUAGGAGUUCAACAUGUGGACUUUACAAGCAGACCUUCGGUUAUCCAUGUGUGACAUUACAGAUUCUCUCAAUUUCAAAUGGACCUUGGGACAUGACGUGAAAUAUGGGAAUGUCACAUCCUUGUGCAAUGCCUAUCUUGUUGACCCUCCCUAGCCUCUGAGGAGUUGAAGUGAAGUGAAGUUACUCAGUCAUGUCUGACUCUUUGAGAUCCCUUGGACUAUAGCCCACCAGGCUCCUCCA